GCCGUACCUGCCAGCUGAGCCCCUCCAGCGCCGUGUGCGUGUCGUGUUUCCGCGCGGGGGGGCACGAGGCGCACGACUGGAUCCAGUACCGCUCGCACUCGGGGGGGUGCUGCGACUGCGGGGACACGGCAGCGUGGAGGGAGGAGGGCUGCUGCCCCGCGCACCGCCCCGACCGGCGCCCCUCCCCCUCCCCCCGCCUGCCCCGCCUGCUGCCGCCCCGCCCCCGGCGGCUGCUGCGGGCGGUGCUGGCGGCGGGGCUGACCCGCCUCACCGCCUGCCUGGCGCAGCUGGCGGUGGGGAGGGAGGGACGGG